CUGAGGUCAAGCUUACCAAUUGGGUCCCUGCAAAGUACUUAGUAUGAAGCCAACCAUCAAUUGAGAGCAUAACAUCAUUCACAACAACUGAUCAAGCAGCUCAAUUCACCGAACACACAACCUAAACCAUGGCCCGAAUCUUGCUUACCGGAGCUACUGGCUUUAUCGGCGGAGAUAUCCUUCACACUCUGGCACGCGCUGGACAUUCCGGCCUGCACAUAACCUCGCUGGUGCGGGACGCCGGCAAGGCACAGCAAGUGCAGUUCGCCUACCCAGAUUUCAAGACUAUCUUGGGCGAUCUAGACGAUACCGAAUUAAUCAGAGAACAAUCCAAGGCUUCAGACAUCGUCUUGAACUUUGCUGCUACCGGACACGCAGCGAGUGCAAAGGCGAUUGCGGAAGGCCUGCAGGCACGGCAUAACGAGACAAAGAAGCCUGCUUACUGGAUUCAAAUUUCGGGGGCGACUGUCUAUGCAGCCGAUGAGAUUGGCUCGGGCCGUUUUGGCAAAGCAACUGAGGAUGUCUACGAUGACCUCAAGGAUCAAGAGAAGAUCUUAUCUGUCAUCCGGAACAACCCCAAGCGCGUUGUCGAGAACAUCAUCGUUUCACAGACACCUUCGUCAGUCAAGACUGCAUUGAUUGUAGGGCCACUCAUCUACGGUGUGGGUAGAGGUCCGGUCAAUCAGAGAAGUGUUCAGGCACCAGAGAUUGCAAAAGCCACCCUGAAGCUUGGUCACGGCUUCAAGCUAAACGAGGGCAAGAACAUAUGGAGUAAUAUCCACGUUCACGAUCUCUCUGGCUUGGUUUCUCUGUUGGUGGGUGCCGCAAAAGACGGUAAGGAUGGCUUUUGGAACCAGGACGGCAUUUUCAACGUCGAAAAUGGCGAGCUUGCUUUCGGGGAUCUGAGUGCCAUUAUCACAAAAGAAGCACAUAAGCAAGGCCUUAUCGAGUCUAGCGAUCGCCUCGAGACGAUCGACGCAGAGAAGGCUGACACGCUCAGCGGUCAUGCGUCGGUCUUGUGGGGUACCAAUGCUCGCACGAGAUCAUCGAGUGCUCAGAAGAACCUUGGUUGGAAGCCAACUGGAGCGUCGCUUGAGGCAACAAUCCCCGACUUGGUUCGUGACGAGGGGAAGGCGUUUGACAAUUCAAACCCGGAGUUAUAAAUGACAUUGCAUUACCAUACCAAUGGCUCAAAUAGCCGUAUGAAAUCAGUCCGCGGUAUACAUUUGUUCAGUGUUAUUGGCCAUUGGUGUUUCUCUUGGAUCUACAGAUAUGAAGACCUUCUACGGGCUUCAAACCUGUCAUACGUAGUCCGUGAUUAAAACAGGGAGGAAACGGUUGCACAUGGACGAGCCGACCUGCGUGGUAUUACUUUGUUGUGGGGUUGUCGUUGGACUCUCCCCAGGCUUUAUGAGUACCUGGUCAUGAUGACACACUUCAACUGAUACCUAGGUAUGUUUCAAUAUAUCGGUACCACGCUGAUGGUAGCAGUGUAGAUAGCACAAGCAUUUUCCCCACAAUUUUUCUGACAAGCAC